AUGGAUCCACACCUGGGCACCAUUGAAUACCACGAGCCUCAGCAAGAGCCGCUUUCGAGCUACUGGGGACCCACAGAGAAACCACUUGAUGCCGUCACACCGGAAGUCAGUGGAUGCUCCAACGUCCCUGGAGACCAGCUGCACGGAAUCCGCAAAGCAGCUUCGACACCCCUCCGCAAGAGCGAACGCGUACAGAAGCUUAGACAGCUGGCUGCAGCUAGACAGUUGCAAGAGCCCGUUUCAUCUAUACAGGCCGAGUCGACAGAAGAAUAUCUAGAGGUCUAUCCAGCGCAAGGUGUUCUCCAGAAACGAAAGCUGCACAAGACUCAGCCCCCUUCGCUCCAAUUCCCCGAGCAAGCACAAAAACGACCGCGAUCUGCUCCCGUCGACGCUGCCCGGGAGGAGACUGCGGACGAGAAUUACAAUAAUCCCAUCGACUACUGGCGAAAGCAUGAUUAUCGCUGGCCCAAGGAGCCAUUCGAUCCCGACGCCUCAAUGAAUACCAUGCUUGCUAGGAAGAAGUCAUCGUCCUCCUCCCUCCGCCGCCGGGCGCGGGGAGCCGACUCCGUCACCGACACGGCAUCAGAUUCCGUUCCGUACCAGAACCCGUUGUACACGCAACACCUUGCACAAUUUGGCGUCUUUAUGGAGGAGGAUGAGGCCGGAGUCGCCAAGACUAGUAAGGAGACGUACAUGCUCCUGCUUACGGCAGAGCAAACGGUACCCCAACAGUCCCUAUUUUGCGACCAUCUGUUCAAGUCUACAUGUCGCAAUAUUGAAACCAAAAACGAGGCAAGGGUUAUCCGGGACAUUGGUCUCCUAAUCGUUCCUUCAGCGGAGCACCUAGCGGCAGCCGGUGCUGAGGAUCUUGUUCGCUUGAUUGAGAGCACGAACGAGACUUGGAGCGGCUCGAUCAAAAUCUAUGGACCGGAACCAAAGCCUGACUAUUCUGUUGGCUUCAGGUGGAAUUGUUUUACUCAGAAACAGAUCAAGAGGCUCGAGCCCUUCAUCGGCGAUCUAGAAGACGAGUCACUCUUUAAGGCUACCUCCCUUAUGUACUUCCCGUUCUUAACAUGCGAGGUUAAGUGCGGCGCCGCGGCGCUCGAUGUAGCUGACCGCCAGAACGCGCAUAGCAUGGGAGUCGCGAUGCGAGGAGUAGUUGCGUUGUUCAGGCGUGUCAAACGCGAGGAGGACCUUCAGCGAGCCAUCCUUGGCUUCUCCAUCUCCCACGACCAUCGGAUGGUACGGAUCUACGGCCACUAUCCAGUCAUCGACGGCGAAGAGACAAUGUAUUACCGCCACCUUAUCCACGCCUUCGACUUCACGGGCUUGGACGGCAAGGAGAGAUGGACAAGCUACAAAUUUGUUAAGAGCGUUUACGAAAGGUGGAUGCCCAAGCACUUCAAGAAUAUCUGCUCCGCCAUCGAAGCCCUACCUCUCGGUGUCAUCCCUGCGGCACCACAACUGUCUGAAACGCAGCCCUCAGAGCAGACUGGAGUUACCCAGGACAUUACAGGUUUCGAGCCGGCGGCAUCUGUGGAGUCUACGGACGUCAUCACUCCGAAUACCUCCGUCUCUCAUAAAGGCAGCAAGCAAAGGCGAAAGCGAAAGCAUCAGAAUAGCGGUUCACUUGUAGAGCACUAG